UCAGUGAGAAUUGUGGGUUUUUCCUUCUUUAACUGAGGGGUACCAACAAUUUUGUCCACGUGUGUAUGUGUAGUCCAGAUAAUUGUUCAGGGUACAGACAGAAAAGACAUACAUUAUAAAUCAUUAAUUUUCUUUGUCAAUAAAAAUAAAAUCCAUAGGCUUUAUUAUCACAUUUAUUAUUAAGGAAAUAUUGAGGAAGAGCAUGAAAGUGAGGCAGUGCUGGAUAAAGAGGAGGUGGCGGUCAGCAAGGAUGAAGAGGGAUUUCAUUUGGAUGACUUUGAUGAUGAGGAUGGGAAGAGGUAAUUCUUUUUUUUUUUUUUUAACUUUGUUGCUGGGUCAAAAACAUGUUGAAACAGUACCUGCAAAAAAGAAAGCAAACAAUUAAAUAAUAUAUCUCCGCAUAUUUUUGUGCAGGAUAUGGGAACCGAGGAUGAGGCAGCCACAGACGAGCCACUACUGGACUACAGCCAAGAAUAUCCCUCAGAUCCAUUUCUUUUUAAAGAUGAGACUGAGCAAGGCAAAAGUCAGAGCCCUUGUUCAACAUGGUCCAUGCCAACCUGGGUUAAAAGAUAACUUUUCAGAUUUUGUGGCUAAUUCAUGCAACGAAAAGUUCAAAAUACACUGGUACAAAAACACAAGUGGCAAGGUCAGUACAGAUAGACACUGGCUGGUGUAUUCUCGUCUUUCAGCCAAGAUGUUUUGGUUUUGUUGUUGGCUUUUUGCAGAGAAGGGUGACCAAACCAUUUGGUCUGACCCCAACAAAGGCUUUGAUGCAUACCACAAAGGAAUGGAUAGGAUAAAGCACCAUGAAGAGUUAGCAAGGCACCGCAAGGCAGAGAAGACCUUAUUCAUUACUAAAUAUCGCAUUACUCAGGAUAAAACUGUCAUUGCAGGACUUGUGCAGGCAGAACGACUGACCAUUGAGAAAAACAGGAGAGUACUAAAAAGGCUAGUGGACCUUACUCUGUUUUUAGCUAAUCAAGGCCUUCCCUUUAGGGGACAUAGAGAAUAUGCUGGCCUAGGAGCUCCAACUGUUAAUGAGGGAAACUUUCUCGAACUGUUAAAACUAUUGGCAAAAUAUGACACUAUUAUCGAUAACCACAUCAGUGAACUCAACAGGGGCUAUAAAUACAUAAGUCCAGAAUCUCAAAAUGAGAUUAUCACAUGCCUUGGCAAUGAAACGCUGCAAAUGAUCGUAAAAGAAAUUAAGGAUGCUUUUUUCUACUCUGUCAUUGCUGAUUCAACAAUUGAUAUUUCUAGAGUGGAUCAGUUUUCAUUGUCCAUACGCUAUGUGAAUGAGAGUGGUAAAAGUGUUGAGAGGUUCAUUAAGUUUGAUGAGCUGUCCAGUGGAAGUGCCGAAUCAUUUCAUGAUUCACUGAUUAAAGCGCUCCAAGAACUCAGACUUAACGCUUCCAAUAUGCGAGGACAAGCUUAUGAUGGUGCCAAAACUAUGUCUGGUCACAUAUCAGGCCUUCAAAAGAGAGUGAAAGACUCAUGUAGCUCUCAGGCUCUGUAUGUGCACUGUUGUGCCCAUAAUCUAAACCUCAUUCUGCUUGAUUCUGCAACAUCAUGCACUACUGGAAAACUGUUCUUUGGUACCCUUGAACAGUUGUAUUGCUUUUUAACAUUGAGUUUACCUCGUUACAGAAUACUGACAAAACAACAGGACAAAAUGAUUCAGGAUACAGCUCUAACAUUGAAACGUUUCAGUGAUACAAGGUGGGCAUCGCGAAAGCACGCCACUGAUGCCGUGAUGCAGAAUAUGCCGGCAAUCAUAGCUGCACUUGAAAUAAUUAUUGAUGAUGCACGCUCAGAGCCAAGAGCUGUAGCAGAUGCAAAAGGACUGCUAGCCACACUUAACAUAUUUGAGUUCAUGUUCAUGCUCAAUUUCUGGAACACUUUGUUAGGAAAAACAUAUUCUCUGUCAAACUACCUUCAGAAAGAAUCGAUUGAUUUAAAUGCUGCAAUUGAUCAAAUUGACAGCUGUGCCAAUGCUUUGAGAGGUUUAAGAUCUGAAGAGGGCUUUAAUAAUAUUGAGGCAUUUGCAAAGGAACAAGCAAAAGAAUGUGACACAUCCACUGAGUUCAGGAGGUUAGAGUUCAAACAAGAAAACGUUUUGCAGAUGAACUCCCCACAGAUGAGCCUGUAUCUGACAGGAGGACACGUUUUAAAGUGGAGACAUUUUAUUACAUUUUAGAUGUGUUUGACCAACAAUUUGUGACACGUUUUGCAGACCUUCACAACACAGCUGCUAAAUUUCAAGCCCUUAAUGAAAAACACGUUUUUGACUACAAAUCGACUGAGAGGAUAAAUGAACUUCCAGUUUUAUUCAGAAGAUCUGGAGGAUGCAGAAAGUCUUGCUCAUGAAUAUUCUGCUUUUAGAGAUGUUUUCAAGGGCAUGUUCCCUGAUGAAGCAGGGCUUUUCACUGCUGAGAUUCUGCCCUUCAUGAUUGCAAAUGACUUGCACAGAGCUUAUCCUAACAUGGAAACAUUAUAUAGGAUAUAUCUCACUGUUCUAAUAAGCAGUGAACAGGCAGAGCACACUUUAGGUCGCCUUAAAAUGAUCAAAACCUAUCUGCGCUCAAAAAUGAGCGAGUCUCGCCUCUCAAGCCUCGCUUUACUUUUUACUGAGCGAGAGAUGUCUGAGAAGACUAACUUUGACAAGGUUAUUGAUUCAUUUGCAAGAAUGAAAAAAGAAAAACACUCCUCAAAUAGUGCCUGUAAUGAGAGGUUGUAUUCAGUAUUUUACAUUUUAUUUUAUUUUCUUAUUAUUUAUCUUUAUUUUGUUGUUGACAAUAAAACAAGGUGGUUAUUACAAUUCUGUCAUGGUCAUGGUGAUGCACUUUUUUGACUUUUUUUCUGUCCUCUAUUCUUGUGUGCAAUGCGGCAUGCCAAACAUGCGGGCCCCUUCGACACACAUGGAAACCCAUGUGGAAUACAUCCCAGCUACGCCACUGCACCCCAUAGUCCCCUGCCUUCAGUCAGCUGGGAUAGACUCCAGCACCCCCCAUGACCCAAGUGCGUCUGGCCAAAAGAGUCCCCGGGGAGCCAGAUGCCCAAUAGACUGUUCCGGACUGGACCAAGGGGAGGGAUACGGAAGGGGUGGCUGCAAUAGUUUUAACUUUAUAUUGUGUUGUUGGAUUAAGUUUGGUGGGUUUAGUUGGGUUAGUUUGCAUUAGUUAUUUUUUGUUUACUUUAUUCUGGGUUUUGGUUUAUGUUGGAGAGUUUUAACUUAGGUUUUAACAGCUAAGGAUAAGGUGAUCUACCUCCAGAGUUUUAUUGGUUUAUUCCUGUUGAGCAGACCAGUAUUAGAGGAGGCUGUUCCCCUCAUUCAAGAAAAACGGUUUGUCUGUCUGGUUGUUCUGCGUUCUGCUGCUGGAGAAGCCAUUGCUCCUGCCCUCCAACGCACCUGCACUUUUUGCACUUGCACUUUGAUAUUUUGUAUUUUUGCACAUUUGGAAAAUAAAGAAGGAAAAAAAAGAAAAGAAGUCGACCACUCAAA